GAAAUGCUUUGGUCAAAGGUAAUGUUUUAGCAAGGCACAAUAUACAAACCACAUCCUCAUACGUCAAGAAGAAUUUUAGACAGCAUGUAGGAAUGUGGUGAAUAAUUCUUGAGGUAAUCAGAAGUACUCUAUUUCUCAAAUUUCUCAAAGUAAAAAAAUGGCAUAAUGUCGUAAUCAUUAAUCUAGACCUAAAAUCAUCUCUGAAUGUCUCUUCAAAACAGCACGUAGUCAAACCGUCAACCAUGUGCUUUCUCAAGUGCCAGCAAGCUGUCAAACAAAAGGAUCUGUUUUGGCAGGACAUGCAUAUUAGAACAAUGUACAGUUUAGGUUCGGGCCAGCCCUUCAGCAGUGCGUGAUGUUGUUCUAACCUCCGGAAUCAUGACCAUAGGGUGGACCAGGGAUGCGUCAUGAAUUGGGAGGUGCAGGAAAACAAUAUAAGCUGGCAGCGUUAAUGUUUCACUUCUUAUUUUGCCUUUGAUGUUUUAGGAGAACUCUUUUGCAUAGUGAUUGAACCUGGGGCUUCAUUGAUUAGGCCACAUUUGAGCAGUGAUGUACAACAGUGGUUAUUCUCAGGCCAACUUAGGCUUGGCUGCCAAGAAGAUGCACAAGUCGAAAGGCAAGAGCUGUGGUUACUACAUGAAGAUUGUCUUCUUUUUCUCCUCACUCAUCCAGUCUUUGAUCAUCGCGAGUCUGGUGCUCUUUCUGGUGUAUGGACAACCUGAGCAUACAGUGGAGGAGAAAAGACUGCAAGAGUUGGACCAAAGUGUCAGCAAACUCACAAUGGAAAAUCACAUUCUCCGUGGGAAGGAAAAGAACCUCACCAAAGUUCUGAACGUCACUCUCACUGCGAAGCUGAGCAAUGACAAAGUUCUGUCUGAAUUGCGCAAACUGGCAAACACCUCAUCUGCGACAAUAAAGAACUUGCAAACAGCAGUGUCUCGAUGUGAGAUGGAAAAAAGAAUGCCCCGCGCAUGCCCUCCUGCGUUCUGUCCAGAUCCAAGUGACACCAACAGACGUUUGCAAAGUAUGCUCCAACAGUCAGAGGAAAUGCUAAAGCUGGUCAAAGCAAACUUUACUCAGACGGUGGCCAUUACGAGAACUGAGUUAGACAAUUCCAACAAAGACAAGGAUGGGUUUCACUUAGAGGCAAUUAGACUAAGGCGAGACAAGGCAUUCCUUGAGGAAGAACUCAACUUGUAUCAAAAGAAGUGCAAAGAGGAUUUUGUCGAUUCUUUACGAGGAAUCCCCAACGUCACCAAAGAAUUCCUCAAAAGGAUCGAUGACCUCUUCUCAAAACACAUUUCUUUCCAGCUAACGUGCGAUAAACAAAAAAAUCAACUUGAAGACAUUAGGGAAAACUGCAGCAGUCUUUCAAGAGAAGUUGAGAACAAGCUCCAGUCGUAUCUGAACAUAGUGGGGAACCAGUUCACAAAAAUUAAUGGAGAAAAUGCCAAAUAUGUGAUAGAGAACGUACGCCUGAAAGAGGACGCUGAUUGGUGCAAUCAGAACCGCAGUUCCAUGAUUCGCGAGAAUCGCAAGAAUCUCGAGCAACUGCAGCGCAAGUGUGACGAAGACAGUGAAAAACUUCUGCUGGAGAAUAGAAAACUAAAAGGAGAUAACAACCUGAACGAAAACCUUCUUUCUGUGAAGGAAAAAGAAAUUAAAAUGCUCAAAAGCACCAUUGAGACUCUCAAUACCUCACUUGCCAGCUGUAAGCCACCAAUGCAAACUGGCCGAUACAAUCCCUUUGGUUUUCCAAACAUGCCAAACACUGGUGUGAGUUCAACAGGACUAAGCAAACCAAUCAUACCAUGGCCAGGCUCCAUUGGGUCAGCAUAUCCCAACCCUAAUGGUGUAGGAUCAAGCACAAGAUGGGGCAGCACAGGGUUAGGUGCGACAGGAUCAUUAAGUACAGCUCCAGGGGGGACAGGGACCCUUUCAAGUGGACUAGGUAGCACAGGAUUAAGUGGGCCAGGAUCAAGUAGACCAGGUCUCACCCAGACAGGUACAAGUAGUUUGGGUGGAGUAGGACCAGGGAUGACAGGAUUUGGCAGUGCUGGAUCAAGUCCUAUUCCCACUGGAAAUAUUGGACAAAGUGGAACAGGAUCAACAGCAUUCAGUAGUGCAGGAUCAAGUGGAGUAGGGAUGGGAAAACCAGGGAUAGGAGGUGCAGGUUUUGGCUCAGUUGGGUCUAAUGUACCUGGAUUUGGAGCGACCGUUGGAGGAGUAAGAACAACAGCGGGUGGAAGUGACGGUCAAACAUUAAACCAAGCCCAAAUAAAUCACCAUCUGAAGGAGCUGCAUCGUUAUUCACUCCCAAAUUGAGGGAGUGAACAAAGUGCUGGCAAAAUCAGGCUUAGCCAGGAGUGUCUAUAUAUAGACUGUCUGAUUUAUUAACUGUUUGAAAAUAGAAAACCUAAAUGUACUGACCCUGCAAGUCUGUAAUGUGAAUACUAAUUAACAUGAAUAAUAAUUAUUUUUGUGGGGUGAAGUUGAUAAUGUCUUUUGCGCAUUUAUGCUUGUAUAUACCUUAUAUAUAUAUAUAUAUAUAUAUAUAUAUAUAUAUAUAUAUAUAUAUAUUUCACAAGUUCGUUUCCUCAUAAAAUCUUUAAGCUAAUAAGGUUAAGCGUAUUUGGCUUGCUGUCCGCUGUGGAGGGGCUCGAGGAAGCAGCUUCAACUCGAGCUUGGAUAGUGCCUGGAAGUGGAGUACGAUGGAUGAGAUGCCUAAAUUAUGUGGUGGAGUUGGGGAGCUGGAGGAAUAUCGAAACAACUGAUGCCAGAGCAGAGUGAGUAGCUGCUUAUAUGCUCUGGUCGUAAUUGAAAGAUUAGGGUUCCCUCCUCUUGAAAUUAAGUUUGAAUUUCACUAACUGAAAGAUUAGAUGGGUUCACUCCUCCCGAAAUUACGUUGUGAAAUUCACAUAUAUAUAUCUUGUGUAUAUAAAAUGAGUCUAUCGCUGUAAUUGUCUUUCAUAUAGUAACCUUUUUUUUUUUUUUUUUUAAAUGUCUUCUUGCUAUGUGGAAUAAAAAGUUAAUGAUCAAAAAUGUCAA